AAUCAAUGUCAAAAAUUAUGAAAUGCAUUGGAAAUUGGAAUUAAGUGUGAUAAGUCAAUAAAAAGAAGACGAUUCUGUUUGUGAUAUUUAGAAGAAGCAAAAAAAAAUUGAAGAAAAAUUCAGAAAAGUCCAAAUAACACUAAAGAAGUAAAAAAAAAAUAUCGGAAAAAAGUCACAAUGAUUGAGAGUGUAUUUGAUAUAUUGCACUACGAAGUGGUAAAAUAUUCAUUGGGCGAUGAAAAAACACCACAGCAAAAUAACAACACAAACUUGUCGACAAUCGAGUACAUUGGAUUUUCAACGGGAUAUCGACUGACGGAGCGUCUGACUCGUGAAUGGCCUCGGUUCCGUUUCAAAGACGAUUUGGAAACAAUGAAAUUCAUUUGCACCGAUUUCUGGACUUCCAUCUACAAGAAGCAAAUCGAUAACCUUCGCACGAAUCACAAGGGUGUUUACGUGUUACAAGACAAUGCAUUCCGAUUCUUAGUCAAUAUUUCGAAUAGUUCGCAGUACCUGGAAGAGGCACCCAAGUUUGUUGCAUACACAUGCGGCCUGGUUCGUGGUAGCUUAGCCAAUUUGGGAAUCAACAGUACGGUGACGGCCGAAGUACAGAAUAUGCCAUCGUGCAAAUUCCACAUUCAAGUCAAUCCAUCCAGUGCAUAAUCACCAUUCUGAUGAUCCAUCUAUGAUAUUCAAUAUGAUAUUAAGUUUCAUUUCGAAAUAGAAUUAAAACUCCAACUAUAUAUUCUAACAAAAAUAAAUACAAAACAGAAAAAAAAAUUCCAAA